CGCCGGCGCGGCGCGGAAGGAGAGCAUCGCGUUGCAUCACGUUGCGUCGCCUCUUCCUUCCAUCUCGUUCGCGGCCUCGAUGGAUCGACAGAUCGUUCGGCGGUAUCGAUCGGCGUACAGUCGAGUACAGUCUGUCAGAUUUAUUGGUCCUUGUCUCCGCGCGCGUUUCGCAGCACUCUCCUCCCACGGGAAUCUCGACGGCGACACGAGUUAUGCCAGCGCGACAAUUAUCGCGUUGCACGGCAUAUACGUAGCAACGUGCGUUACUCCGAUCGCCGAGUCCACAUCGUCGUCGUCGUCGUCGUCGUCGUCGUCGUCGUCGUCGUCAUCAUCGUCGUGUCGCAAGCUCGCAAUCGUCCCGCAGGCUCGUUUCUGUCCUCCCCGUUCUGCCCCGUUCCCCGCCCCUUUCAUCCCACCUGGAGAAUUACAACAAACCACGAGCCAUUUCGCUACCUCCUGGAUCCCCGAGGGCAGACGUGUCUCUCCUCAUGCAAUCCGCGAUGACGGAAACCAACGGGACCGCGAAUCUCAAUACAAAGAACGGCAACUUCAUCUGUGGCGUAGUGGAAGGUUUCUAUGGACGACCAUGGACCACCGAGCAACGAAAGGAUCUUUUUCAAAAGUUAAAGAAGUGGGGAAUGGAUUCUUACCUGUAUGCACCGAAAGACGAUUACAAACAUCGUGCAUAUUGGAGAGAUUUGUAUACAGUAGAGGAAGCUGAACAUCUGACUGGUUUAAUCACAGCUGCUAGGGAAUAUGGAAUAACUUUUUAUUAUGCUUUAUCUCCGGGAUUAGAUAUCACAUAUUCCAGUUCAAAAGAAGUCACUGCUUUGAAGAGGAAGCUGGAACAAGUCAGUCAAUUUAGUUGUACAGCAUUUGCAUUAUUAUUCGACGAUAUAGAGCCAGAAAUGAGUGAAGCUGAUAAAGAAAUAUUUCAAUCAUUUGCACAUGCUCAAGUUUCUGUUACAAACGAUAUUUUCCAACAUCUUGGCCAACCUCGUUUUCUUUUAUGCCCUACACAAUACUGCGCGACACGCGCUAUGCCAAAUGUCGCGUCUUCGGAGUAUCUCAAUACCCUUGGAAGCAAAUUAGCUCAAGAAAUUGAUAUAAUGUGGACUGGACCUAAAGUUAUAUCGAGACUUUUAACUGUCGAGUCCAUCGAAGAAAUCACAGAAGUGCUCAGGCGACCACCCGUUAUCUGGGAUAAUUUACAUGCCAAUGAUUAUGAUCAGAAGAGGGUGUUUCUUGGACCGUAUUCUGGUCGUUCUCCUGAUCUUAUACCUAAGCUUAGAGGAGUUUUAACUAAUCCUAAUUGCGAAUAUGGAGCGAAUUUUAUAGCAAUUCAUACAUUAGCUCAAUGGAGUAGAUGUAAUGUGGAUGGAAAGAGAGAUUUAAGUUUAAAUGAUACUGUAUCAGCAGACAUUAAACUAGAAACCGAAACUGAGGAUGGUGUUCUUGGCGAAGAUGUUCCUUCGACAUUAUCGCCAAAUAUGUAUCAUCCUCGACAUGCUCUGAAAAACGCAAUUAGCGAAUGGUUAUUAGAAUUUAAUAAGAAGAAAGCAGCUUGGGGAGUAAUAGCCAAGCCGCAACCGUGCGUCGCGCCUACGAUACCUAUCCCAAUAAUCCCUUCUGUGAAUACGUGCAUGAGUCUUACAUCAACGACAACAACUACGGUUUCUGCCACGCCUACGGGGGACAAUUCUAAUCAUCUUCAAGCAUUGGCCGAAGUUUGCUCGAGUGUAACAGCUAGCGAUAGUUUUGUGCAACCUCCAUCUGGACCUGUGAUGAAUUCCUUAGUGUCAGAUAUAAAAGUUGUUAGCGAGCCUGUCCUGACUACGUUAUCUACCAAUAUGAGUGGUGAACCACCCUCGACAGGAUUAUCUUCUAUAGAACCUAUGGACUGUAAUACGACACCAAACAAUUCGCCGGCGCACAUAGCAAAAAUUCCAGCGGAAGAUGACGCUAUGGUAGAUAACACUUCUACAUGCAGUGAAGCUUCUGGAAGUAUGCAAGUAGAAAUGGAUGGCACUUCUCCCACGGUCAAUGGCACGCAAAUGAUUAUAGAAAACGAUAGCGAGAAUCACGAGAGUUCCGAUAAUGCGGAUGCGGUAUCCCAGGAACCCGUGGAUAUCGAAAAACAACUUACACAUGAGGACUUAUCGCUUUUAUGCGAUCUAUUUUACUUACCAUUUGAGCAUGGAGGUCAAGGAAUUCAAUUAUUGCAAGAAUUUAAUUGGUUGAAAAGCAAUGCUCAUGUUGUUAUGAAGAAGUCUAAAGAAGAAGAAUCUGUGUCUGAAUCAGACAUUGAAGAAUGGCAUCUUCGUGCAGCUAAAUUGAAUGAUAUGUGUAAUGCGGUAAAUAGAUUAUUCCAAAGACUCACGUAUUGUAAUAAUCGUGAGUUAUUGUACGAUUUAUAUGCGUACGUAUGGGAUAUGAGAGGUGUUGUGUCUCUUCUAAAUAGUUACGUAAAAUGGCUAGCGUUUGGCAGAUUCCCAUCAACGAUGACAACGUUUACCCAGGGCAGCUACACAUGGUUCUCAAGUGGUUGGAAAGAAACAUUUAUGAGCGGGGAACAAGAGCCAUGGGUUUUUCGUGGUGGACUUACGGCUGAUUUGCAGAGAUUAAUUCCAGUCGAUAGUGGCAAUGAUUUAUUCGUCUAUAAAGCACCGGAAGUGCCCAGUAGUAAAAUAUAUACAAUUCGGCCAUAUUUACCAAGUGAUGAAGAAGCGGUUUAUGCAGUGUGUAAUCAAAUUAAUAAUUGUACGGUCUCAUCGGCUAUAGCAGACAGACUUAUCGGAGGUUUCCUAACAUUGAGUCCGGAAUUAUGUAUGGUUGUUGAGGAUGAAAAUGGCGUAGCGGGUUAUGCAGUAGCUACAUUAAAUGUAAAGUCAUACAAUCAGAAAAUGUCUGUUUCAUGGAUUCCUGAGCUGCGAAUGAAGUACCCCUUAGAUAAUAGCAUUAGCGAGUUGCCACAAAAUGUUCAGGAUGCCAUUCAGUACUUCCAUUCGUUUAUUCCGGAUGUAUCGGAACAAUUAUGCAGACAGCACCCAUCAAAACUUGCAUGUGCUAUAUUACCAAGUGUGACAGAUCAGUCUGUUUGUAAACGUUUAGUCACCUGCGUUCUUGCAGCUUUAAGAGCAAAUGGCUCUUUUGGAGUACACACGACAAUGUUAUUAACAGAUAAAGAAUCUCACGAAUUCUAUGGCAAGUUAGGAUUCGUUGAUUUGAAUCCAGCACAUGAAGAAUAUCCUGGAAUUAAAACUAUGUGUAGAAGUUUCUAACAAAGAAUUAACGCUCCCAUGAUCCUCGUCAACAAAGUAUACUUACUUGGACCAUCUCCUAAGAAAACGAUGCUUUCUUAGGAUAGCUUCUAAAACAUAGAGAUAGUAAUAAAAUUGAACGCCUUUAUUCAAGACCUUUUAAAAUGUAAGUAUAUGCAGUAUGUCAGCGCGAUAAAUUAAAAAGUAAGUGUACUUUUUUGAGAAUAUUCGCGACCGGAAACAUCAGUGUAAUACACAUUAUAUGCGAUAUAAUCUUUCUCAUAGUAUCGAAACCUUUAAGCGUAUUUGAUACAAAUGUAUACAUAUGUAUAUAUGUAU